AUUAAAUAUUUUUAGUACAUAGCACAAAAUGUGUCUGUUGCUGGGUCUCCUAUCGUUUGUGUUUUGCGUCGAUGCCACCUUUGAGUCACAGCAGGUGUGUGUGAAGGUUGAGGGAGGGAGGGGGGGUAGAAGGUUGGGCCGGGUGUUCGUGCCGGAUGGGGGCAGAGGUAGAGCUUGCAUCUUCACCAAAGUGGAGCUCGACUUUCUCUCAGUUGCUCUCCUCAGACCGACUCGCACAGGGCUGGACCGAUUUCCUCAGCUCAGUUCUGCCCCAGAGAGGAUGCUUCAGUCAGACGCUUGAUGAGAUCACGGCCGGGCAGAGCGGAGUCGCUGCUCUGCAGCUGAUGGGCUGCGCUCCUUCUAUCUUUAUCCCUCUUUCAAUUUGGACACGGAGGAGAAAUAAAUAGCUCAACACACACUGUUGGGAGGCAAAUGAAUGGAGGAGACUCAUGGGGAAUUUCCCAAGGCUGUAUUUACACCAAUGGACCUGGACUCAAGACCUGAAUGGACCAAACUGCUUUUAGCAGAAUAGCUUUAUCGUUUUAUAACUCAUUUUUUUUUGUUUUAAAGAGGAUUUGAACUUUUUGGUGGAUUUUCAACAAGAGGGAAAAUAAAAAAAAGUCAAAUCUGUAAGUUCACAUUUUUGUUUUUUUUCAUAAAAAAUCUUUUUGCUAAAAAUAACUGAUUUUACUCAAUUAUUUUACACAACUGUUGACUUAAAAAUAUAAUAAAUCAAACUUCAGGCAUAUAUAUAUAAAUAUAUAUGUAAGGAGAAUUUAGUAUUUUUGGCACAAAAUCCGAAUUGAUCAAGCAGUGAAGUGACUGAUAAUAUCACUGUGUUCUUCAGAUGUUUGGCUCAAGCAUGUGCUCUUUAGUAUUGAUUCAUCAGUGGAGUCUGGCUGUGUUCUUGCUGUUCCCUCCAGUGACUCUCGAUGGGAGACCAGUUGAUGCACUUAAUCACAGAACGAGGAGGUCGGUGAGCCACGUCCAGCUGAUGCACGACAAAAGCCGAUCCAUGCAGGAGUACAGACGGACCAUGUGGCUGCACGAGCUGGUGGGGGAGGUGAACACCGCUGAUCGGCACGCACCCCCCGUACAGAGCAGAGCUCCGACACAAACUUUCAGCGGAAACUUUCCACAUCAGAAGUCCCCGGGGGCAACCAAGAACCUCCCCGACAAGUUCAAGGAAGACAGGGAGGGCCCCAACCUCCCCCAGGAGACCAACAAAGCCAUGGCCUAUAAAGAAGACCCUCUUAAAGUGGCUACCAAGAGGAAAAAGAAGGCGAGGUUAGGUCGCCGUAGAGAGAGCGAGAAAAAGAGGAGGCGAGCGUGACCUGCCGUCACAAAGAGACCAUGAGGGACAGAAGGGCCUGACAGAAAUAUCCCCGGGACCUUUUCCAUGGUGCUGCACUAAGACACUGACACUGACUGACUGAUGCCUGACAGGCUGUUUAUGGUGCCGGGGUUAAGCUUGUAAUUUGUAUUUUUGUUUCUUUGCAUAUCUUUUUAGCCUUAUAUUUAUUUGGAGGACCGUCAAACCUCUGUAACUCCAUUGUCCUUCAAAACUAUUCUUUUGGAAACAAGAGGGACUAUUUAUUUCCUUUCCACAACAACAAAAACAGGGACGCUAUGGAGAUUUUUUUUUCAGUGAAUCACAACAAACUUCUCAACUAAUACAUGCAUCUGCCAUAAUUUAUUUCUCUUUAAGUAUGUAUAUUUAUUUUGUGAAUGUCUCACAGUGCUGCUGACUAAAUUCCCUUAUGCACUUUAGUUAAAUUCUGUUCAUGUUCUUUUGUGGUUGGGUUUAGGUAAUCUUAUUGAUGGUAGUCUACUGCUUUUCUGUCUUACUUCCCCAUCUCUCAUGGAGUCACAACAGACUGGAAGAAGCAUCAGACACACUCCCAUUAUUGCAAAAUGCUGUUGUUUUUAAAGGAUAAGCCAGAGUCAGGGCUCUCGCAUUCAUUGGUCUGCAUUUGCACUGAGGGAAUGCUGUAAAUGUUUCCAGUUAAUCAAGUAUUAAAAAUGUAGCCUUUUGA